GAUUUUUCGACACUUUGGAAUUCUAUGGAUUUGCCACAACAUCCAUUCUCUCCAUGACCACAAACACGAUCCUCUGAAAUUUCUUGCAAUGAUUUUACUACAAUUUUUUGUUAUUUUUGUACUUUAUAAGAACGCUCAAUGCCAGGAAAAAACGUACCUUGUCACGGCUCCGAGAAUAUGGAGGGUUGGAGCCUCGGAAACAGUAGUGGUUCAGGCUUUCGGACUGACGGAAAAACUUAAUAUAAGAAUUUCUUUAGUUAGUUAUCCAGAUAAAAAAACAAAAUAUGCUUCUCAGCAUCUCCUGUUGACCCCCGGCGGCCAUUCCCAGGGCCUCAUCAAUCUAAUGAUCCAACCCAAAGAUUUACCUCGGAAAGCCGGCACGAUGCAGUUUGUGUACCUCGAGGCUCUAUCAGACAUUUUCACCAAAGAAGAAAAGGUUCCGAUAACCUACGAUAACGGAUUUCUUUUCAUUCAGACAGACAAACCCAUUUAUACCCCCGACCAAUCCGUGAAAGUUCGAGUUUACUCCAUGGAUGAAGAGCUAAAACCUGCACGAAGAAGCGUAACCUUAACAUUUCAGGAUCCGGAGGGAGUGAAAGUGGACAUCAUGGGAGAAAAAGAUUUAACUGGAAUAAUUUCAGUCCCUGAUUUCAAGAUUCCUGCCAACCCUAAAUAUGGCGUAUGGACCAUCCAGGCUUCCUACGAAAAUGAUUUCACAACCUCCGCCGAUGCACUCUUCGAAGUGAAGGAAUAUGUUCUGCCGACAUUCUUUAUCUCCAUACUGCCGGAGAAGAAUUUCAUUAGCUACGACACCUUCGAGAAUUUUGAAAUCAUCGUAAAGGCAAAGUAUUAUUAUAACAAAAAGGUUGACAACGCAAAGGUCUAUAUCCGCUACGGGAUAAUUAGAGACGGAGAGAGGAGAUUCAUGCCUAACACCAUUCAAGUGAGGCUGAUGAAUGACGGAGAAGCAGUUUUCCAAUUCAAUAGUAAGAAGGCAGUGAAGGAACUGGGAUACGAAGAACUUGAAGACUUGGAUGGCUCUUAUUUAUAUUUAGCUGUGUCAGUGUCGGAGGCUUCAGGUGGACGUACAGAAGAAAGUGAGAACUUUGAUGUCAAGUAUGUUCUAUCUCCGUAUGUCUUGAGUCUUGUUGGAACUCCUCUGUUCGUGAAGCCUACCUUACCAUAUCACAUACAGGUUCAAGUGAAAGAUACUUUGGACAAGCCAGUUGGCAACAUCCCCAUCACUAUCACCGGAGAAAUGUUUAAAGAGGAUGGUGAAUCUGUAUUUUUAACUGACAAUGAACGAGAUACCAGGACAACCAAUAAGAACGACGGGACGGCCAAGUUUAUCGUAAAUAUUCCGGCAGAUGUGACGUCUCUGGAAUUCCAGAUAAAGACCGCCGAUGGCAACCUUCCAGAUGUCAAUCAAGCAACGGCUCAAUACACAGCACAGUCUUACAAAUCCUUAACCAAAAGCUAUCUUUAUAUCAACUGGGCGAGACAAUCCCAGGUCCUGCGAGUGGGGCAAUACCUGAACGUGCAAAUAGUUCCCAGUAGCCCGUAUCUUCAUAAAUUAACUCAUUACAGCUACCUGAUUAUAUCGAAGGGAAAGAUAACAGACUUUGGAACCGUGCCUAGGGUGCAUGAAUCGGUCUCUCAAAAUUUGAAUAUCCUCAUUACUCCACAAAUGAUCCCAUCGGCUCGCCUGCUGGUUUAUUACAUAAUUACGGGGGAAACCACCGCGGAGCUCAUUGCCGAUUCCAUCUGGGUGGACAUAGAAGAGAAGUGUUUGAAUGAUCAGAAGGUCCAAUUGUCAGCAACAAAGAAUGACUUCCAACCUGGGAAGGAGAUCUCACUGACUCUUAAGGCUCAACCCAACUCGCUAGUCGCCCUGUCGGCCGUGGAUGUCUCUGUGUAUGAUGUAGCCAGAAAGACAAAGAGACCCUUGGAAAGAGUUCUAAGGAAGAUUGAGGAGAGCGAUCUUGGUUGUGGCGCCGGAGCAGGUCAAAAUAAUGCGGACGUCUUCCGAUUGGCAGGCCUGACAUUCCUAACAAACGCUAACAUACGCGCCUUCGAGAACUAUGCCUUUAAGUGCACUGAUGUUUUAAGACCAAAGCGCUCUGUUGACGUCGAAGAACAAAUACAAAAGAAAGCCAACAACUACCGUGACAAACGCUUGCGGAAGUGCUGUUUGGAUGGGGUCCAAUGCUUUUUCGAUGAAAAAGGUUGCACUGACGGAAUUCACCGAAUCAAGAAAACCCGAGCCGAUCGUUGCGUUGCGGCAUUUUCAGAUUGCUGCAAUUUCGCCCAAAGCCUCAAGGAAAAAGUAGACUUUUUUAUUAAAGACACGUCAUUGGGCCGGAUGUAUAUCAGAACUGUGUUUGACAUCGACGAGCCGGAAGUUCGAAGCUACUUUCCCGAAAGCUGGUUAUGGGAAGAACAUUCCAUCACCAACGCGCUUGGCUGGAAGACAUUUGAAGUAAAGCUCCCCGAUUCUUUGACCACGUGGGAAAUUCAGGGAGUUGGCAUGUCUGAUAAAGGCAUGUGCGUCGCCGACCCACUCAGUAUAUUGGUUUGGAAAGACCUGUUCGUCGAUGUCCAGCUACCCUAUUCAGUUGUUCGGGGUGAACAGGUCCAAUUGAAAGUCGUUGUGUACAAUUACAAGAACUCCGACGUAAAGGGUUGUGUUUCGGCGACCGUUGGCAAAGAAAUCUGUCUGUACUCUGAACCCUCAUCCGGUCGAUCAAAGAGUCAAAAAACAUGUUACCAGGAAACUAUCGGCGGUGGGUCAUUGAAGACCUUCAUCUUCAACGUCCUGCCAUUGGAGCUGGGACUUCAUAACAUCAACUUUACCUUGGCCUCUCAAUUUCACUCGGAAAUCCUAGUAAAAACCUUACGGGUCGUGUCUGAAGGUAUCGAGGAAGAAAGAAACGCUGGAUUCACGUUAGAUCCCCAAGCUGUGCGUGGUGUUACGAAGAGACGUCAAGAAGUAGGCUUUAAAAUACCUCCUAACAUUGUUCCAAAAUCGCAGAUCACAAGACUUCUUAGUAUUAAUGGCAAAGUCCUCGGCGAAGUGAUGAAGACGGUGCUUCAGGCUGAGGGCAUCCAGUACCUCAUCAGCCUCCCAAAGGGCAGCGCGGAGACGGAGCUGAUGAGGGUGAUCCCCGUGUUUUAUGUCUAUCAUUACCUGGCUACUGCCAACGAAUGGCAUCUACUGGGCUCCAACACCUUUACUUCACGACUCGACAUGGAACGGAAGAUGAAAGAAGGGGUAACGAGCAUCCUGUCAUUUAGAAAAGAUGACUUUUCUUACAGCGUCUGGCAAGACAGAGAUUCAAGCGCCUGGUUAACUGCGUUUGCGGUCCGAAUCUUCAGUGAAAUCCAGAAUUAUGUGAAUAUCGAUCAGAUGUCCACGUGUAACACGCUGCUCUGGCUUGUGGAAAACUGCCAGCUACAGGAUGGGUCUUUUAGAGACAAAUCUGGGUACCAGCCGGUGAAGCUACAGAGCACUGUUCCAACAGAAGCGCGGGAACGAUCAUUGUAUCUGACAGCGUUUGUUCUCAUUGCGCUGAAGAAAGCCCAGCGUAUCUGCCCGAUCGCGCAAGUGCAAAACUCCAUAAAUAAGGCGGAGGAGUAUUUGUCGGAUAAUGUGAUCGGCGCACAGACCACGUAUUCGCUGGCCAUAACGGCGUAUGCUCUCUCGCUUUUGGACGUGACGAGGCUUGGAGUGCGUACGGCCGUCACCAAACUCAAAGGAGAAGCUUAUACCAAAGGAAUCGGCGACAAGCCGCUCUAUCGCUAUUGGAAAGACAGCCUAAAGAAGUUUGACCCCGCGGUCCCCAGCGUUGAAACCGCGCGGAUGGUGGAAACCACGGCUUAUGCCCUCCUGGCCUUCCUGAGACUCGCGGAGAAGGAUUACUCCCAGCCGGUGGUCAAAUGGCUACAAGAGCAACAACGAUACGGCGGGGGAUUCUUCUCAACACAGGACACGGCCAUUGCACUCGAAGCUCUGACGGAGGUUGCGUUCCUCGAUAAGAAGCUAACUUUAAACAUGGACGUAGACGUCGCUUACAGGAGGUCGGGAAAACUCCAAAGCUUCAAGCUGAACGAGAAACGUCCAUUCACAAGGCCCACCGAGAUCCCGCUUCCAGAAGAUCUUAUUAUCACUACAGGCUUUUCCAACGGGGUAGCCACUGGGAACGUGCGGACCGUAUACCACGUCAUUAGCCCACCGGAGGAAAACUGCAAUUUCAACUUAAAGAUUGAGAAAAAAUCAGAUCCGUGGGAAGGCGACCGUUCAAUAUUUGAUGAUGAUAUUUCUCAAGCGAUACAUCUGGAGGCAUGCGCAAGGUAUAAGCCGACAGACAACGAAAUAACCUCCUCCAGCCAUACGGUGAUGGAGAUCUCCUUGCCAACCGGAUUGGAGGUCGAUGAAAAAGAAUUAAAUAAGUUCAUGAACAGAGUUGAUCAAUACGUCACAGAUUACAACAUAGAGGACGGACGCGUCAUUCUCCACUUUGACUCGAUCUCCGCCGAUGAAUAUACCUGCGCGACGUUAACCAUCAGAGAAAUGUUUAAAGUCGGGAUGCAGAAUCCUGGAACCUUCAAAGUCUACGAGUUUCACGCGCCAGAACAACAAUGUACAAUUCUGUAUAACCCCCACGCGGAGGACAGGCUGGCGAAAAUCUGUACCGGAGACCUAUGCAAAUGCUUCGAAGCCAAGUGCCCCAAAGUCCAAACCAAGAUGGAUGGGAGAAUUACGGCCAACGACCGGAAGACCAAGGCUUGUGAAAGUGACGUGUCCUACGCAUAUAAAGUCCAGGUUGUGGAAUCCGUAGAGGAAGGCGGCUUCGUGAAAUACACGGCUACUAUCCUGGACCUCUUUAAAAAAGGUACGGCCCUAGUAAAGAUAAGCAAAAAAAUCAAAUUUAUUAAGAAGAGGACCUGCUCUGAUUUCGAAAUGUGGAACGGGGAGCAGUUUCUGGUGAUGGGCAAAGACGGCGUUCAGAUCAGAAAUGGAUUUGAUUUUCAGUAUGAAUAUCCUUUGGACUCCGGCACGUGGGUUGAAUGGUGGCCAGAGAACUGCGACACUCAGCAAUGCAGCUCAUUCUCAUCCGUCUUGGACGAAUUUGCAGAAAGCAUUCUAUUCGAAGGAUGUUAACGGUCUUCGGUUUUCCCUCACUAUAUAUAUAUAUAUAUAUGUAUCAUUCAGGAGGACCACGAUACUGCAUAAUCUGCCUUUAAUUCUUUUGAUAUCCUUUCCAAAGAUUGUAAGAAACAACAAAAAUAAAAAAAAACAUUAUAAAA